UAUAUAAAAAAAAUAAUAACAAAAAUGGUGGGUAUAAAAGAGGGUGGAAUGUUGAUCCUGAAUGAGAUCAAAGUUGUUCCUUGCAAGAUAAGAUGUCUGCAGCAAUUGGAAGAGGAGCUCAAAACAUGCAUACAGUCUAUAUCAAACCAGCAUUAAGAAAGGCAUAUCAUAGAAAGAGUGGAGGUUCGGAUACUACAAGGUUGAACCAUGAUGAAUCUAGGAACAAGAACUUGUGCGGCGGGUCUCCUUCAGAUACCCAUGUUUGGGUCCCAGACAGUCGUACCGGAAUCUAUUAUCCAAAGGGACAAGAAAAAGUAAUCGAAGAUGUUCCUUCUCAUGCUGCCAAGGAUUGCACGGUUAAUUGGUUUUCUAUGCCGUAAAAUAUGUUUACGAUUCGUACUUGAUCAAUCGGUAUGAUGGAGUUUGCUAAAUGUGACCAUAAGACAUGUUCUUUUCUUGCUACAAUAACUUGAAAUGCAACUACUUUGUUUUGGUUGAAAUCCUAUAUUGUCCUGUUUGGAUAAAAAGGUUUUUAAAAAAAUUCUAAAUAAAGAAUACAAAACAAAUUAUUCCACUCAAA